GGCCGAGCCUGGAAGUCAGACUAUGGGGCGGUGCGGCAGCGCGAGGCCUGCAGUCCUAAACGCGGGGUCGCUCCGGGCUUCCGAGGGGGUGUGUCUCCCGUCUCUUUAACCUGGCAGGGGCGGUUCAAGUGGCCGGGGAAAUCAGCGAAUUGCAGGGUCAAGGGCUGGUGCUUUGAAAGAGAGGCGGAGGGGAGAGAGGGAUUUUCCCGUCCCCGCUGCACUCUGUCCUCCAUUACUCCUUUUCUCGGCCCGCGCGGCCCGAACCCGUUGUGCGGUAGAGGCGGCCGGGUCCCUUUAAGGCCCCGCUGCGCCUGUGCCUUGGGCUCUGCUGACGCGGCCCAGCCGGACCCUGAGGAGCCAGCGGGCCGCAGGCAAGGUGCUGGGCGGCGGUUGAGACAGCGGCGGUGCUGGGAGGGGUAGGUGAGGGUCGCAAGGCUGCCUGAGCUUCUGAGUGAGCCUGGUGAUUUUGGGAACGCGGGACGGGCGACCUGCGGCGCCAGGAGCGGGGCCGAGGCACGGCGGCACGGCGGUACCGCUGCCUCCUGCCGCCUGGAUGGGAAGUUAAAGUUUACUGCGAAGUCCACCCAGCGCUCCGGAGGUGAGGGCGCCGCGCCAGGCCGGGCGGGAGGCAUUCUGAAGGCAAAUCCUGUUUAGACCCAGGCAAAGGUUCCUGGUGACCCAGGCUCUUACAAGCAGAUUGUCCCUUACCAUCCUCCUGAGGGUGUCUGGAGCUUCAGUGCUGUGUGCUCUUGGCCUCCACGCUGGGGGUGCCACCGACUCCCACUGUCCAGGGCUUCUGAUGGACUCUCCAAGGCACUGAUAUAGAAACUUCCCCAUUUGGUGCACGAAGAGCAGCCUCACACGGUGUGGGCCGACAUGAAGAGCUGCCAGAUCCAACAGAGUAUGAAGAGUGCAAAGACCUUGUAAAACCUAUGCUGAGGAAUGAGCUGCAGUUCAAGGAGGAGAAGCUUGCAGAGCAGCUCAAGCAAGCUGAGGAGCUCAGGCAAUAUAAAGUCCUGGUUCACUCUCAGGAACGAGAGUUGACCCGGUUAAGGGAGAAGUUACAGGAAGGCAGAGAUGGCUCCCGCUCAUUGAAUCAGCAUUUCCAGGCCCUCCUCACUCCGGAUGACCCAGACAAGUCCCAGGGGCAGGACCUCCAAGAACAGCUGGCUGAGGGGUGUAGACUGGCACAGCACCUUGUCCAAAAGCUCAGCCCAGAAAAUGAUGAAGAUGAGGAUGGAGAUGUUCAAGUUGAGGAGGCUGAGAAAGUACAGGAAUCAUCUGCCCCCAGGGAGGUGCAGAAGGCUGAAGAAAGCGAAGUCCCUGAGGACUCACUGGAGGAAUGUGCCAUCACUUGUUCAAAUAGCCACGGCUCUUGUGAGUCCAACCAACCCUACAGGAAAACUAAAAUCACUUUUAAGGAAGACAAAGUCGACUCAACUCUCACUGACUCAUCCUCUCAUGUUGAAUGGGAGGAUGCUGUACACAUUAUCUCAGAAAAUGAAAGUGAUGAUGAAGAGGAGGAAGAAAAGGGACCAGUAUCUCCCAGGAAUCUGCAGGAGUCUGAAGAGGAGGAAGCCCCUCAGGAUACCUGGGAUGAAGGUUAUUCGACUCUCUCAAUUCCUCCUGACAAGUCAGCCUCGUACCAGUAUUACAGGAGCACCUUUCACUCAUUAGAGGAACAGCAAGUCGGCUUGGCUCUUGACAUAGGCAGACAUCGGUGGGAUCAAGUGGAAAAGGAGGACCAAGAGGCAAUGGGUCCCAGGCUCAGCAGGGAGUUAUUGGAUGAGAAAGAGCCUGAAGUCUUGCAGGACUCACUGGAUAGAUGUUAUUCGACUCCUUCAGUUUAUCUUGAACUGCCUGACUUAUGCCAGCCCUACAGAAGUGCCUUUUACUCAUUGGAGGAAUGGCACCUUGGCUUGGCUCUUGACAUGGACAGAAUUAAAAAGGACCAAGAAGAGGAAGAAGACCAAGGCCCACCAUGCCCCAGGCUCAGCAGGGAGCUGCUGGAGGUAGUAGAGCCUGAAGUCUUGCAGGACUCACUGGAUAGAUGUUAUUCAACUCCUUCCAGUUGUCUUGAACUGCCUGACUCCUGCCAGCCCUAUGGAAGUUCCUUUUACUCAUUGGAGGAACAACACGUUGGCUUUUCUCUUGAUGUGGACAAAAUUGAAAAGUACCAAAAAGGGGAAGAAGAUCAAAACCCACCAUGCCCCAGGCUCAACAGCAUGCUGAUGGAAGUGGAAGAGCCUGAAGUCUUGCAGGACUCACUGGAGAGAUGUUAUUCAACUCCUUCAACUUACUUUGAACUACCUGACUCAUUCCAGCACUACAGAAGUGCCUUUUACUCAUUUGAGGAACAGUAUGUCAGCUUGGCCUUUGAUGUGGAAAAUAGGUUUUUUACUUUGACAGUGAUAAGGCUCCACCUGGUCUUCCAGAUGGGAGUCAUAUUUCCACCCUAAGCAGCCCUUACUAAGCUGAGAGAUGUCAUUGCUGCAGGCAGGACCUAUAGGCACAUGUAGGUUUGAAUGAAACUGUAGUUCCAUUUGGAAGCCCAGACAUAGGAUGGGUCAGUGGGCAUGGCUCUAUUCCUAUUCUCAGACCAUGCCAGUGGCAACCUGCACUAAGUCUGAAGACAUUGGACCCAAGUUAGGUGUGACAUGUUCACAUAACUAUGCAGCACAAGCCGGGAGUGAUCUGUCAGACAUUCUAAUUUGAAAUAUGUAUCUCUGGGUAGCUACAAAGUUCCUCAGGGAUUUCACUUGGCAGGCAUGUCUCUGAGCUUCUAUACCUGCUCAAGGUCAGUGUCAUCAUUGUGUUUAGCUCAUCCAAAGGUGUUACCCUGGCUUCAAUGAACCUAACCUCAUUCUUUAUAUCUUCAAUGUUGGCUUGUUUUAGCUAAUCCAUCUGUAACACAGGAGGGAUCCUUGGCUGAGGAUUGUAUUUCAGAACCACUGACUGCUCUUGACAAUUGUUAACCCACUAUUGAUAUCAGUACUUAGGAAGACCACAGCUAGAUGGACAAAGAGCAUUGAGAGGCCUUAGCCCUGCUCCUCUCAAUUCCAUCCUGCAGAGAACAGGAGUCAGAAGCUGCCGGCAGGAGACAGCAUGUCACCCGGGACUCUGCCGGUGCAGAAUAUGAACAAUGCCAUGUUCUUGCAGAAAAUGCUUAGCCUGAGUUUCAUAGGAGGUAAUCACCAGACAACUGCAGAAUGUAGAACACUGAGCAGGACAACUGACCUGUCUCCUUCACAUAGUCCAUGUCACCACGAAUCACACAACAAAAAGGAGAAGAGAUAUUUUGGGUUCAAAAAAAGUAAAAAGAUAAUGUAGCUACAUUUCUUUAGUUAUUUUGAACCCCAAAUAUUUCCUUAUCUUUUUGUUGUUGUCAUUGUUGGUGGUGACAUGGACUUGUUUGUAGAGGCCAGGUCAGUUGUCUGGCUCAAUGGUCUACAUUCUGAAGUUGUCUGAAAAUGUCUUCAUGAUUAAAUUCAGCCUAAACGUUUUGCCGGGAACACUGCAGAGUCAAUGCUGUGAGUUUCCAACCUCAGCCCAUCUGCGGGCAGAGAAGGUCUAGUUUGUCCAUCACCACUAUGAUAUCAGGACUGGUUUCUUGGUUAAGGAGGGGUCUAGGAGAUCUGUCCCUUUUAGAGACACCUUACUUAUAAUGAAGUAUUUGGGAAAGUGGUUUUUAAAAGUAUAAAUGUCCUGUAUUCUAAUGAUCAGCCUCUAAACAUUUUAUCAUUUAUUAAUCAUCCCUGCCUGUGUCUAUUUUUUUUUAGUUUGUCUAUUAUUAUAUUCAUAUCUCUACACUGGCAAUUUUCUGUCUCAAUUUUUACUUUGCCUUUGUUUUUGCUAGAGUCUGUUGUUGAAAAAAAAUUCUCUGCCUGAGUUUUAAUUUUUGUCCAAAGUUAAUUUUAAUCUGUACAAUUAAAAACUUAUG